AUGGCCCAUGAUGUGCGGACGGAUUUCUAUCCGGCAUCAACUGUCGAUACACGACUCUUCUCAACCUCAAAUAUUCUUCGUCACACGUCUGCGCUUUCAAACUACCGCGAACGGUGCCCUCUUACAUUUGCCAGUCUCAUCAUCAUCAUGGGCCGUUUGUCUGUUCACGACCCGUGUACGAGAGCGAUGGUGGGUUGUCAGCACCAAACUAGUAUUGUUGUCCUGAGCGGCAUUGCAGAGGAGUACUUCGCACGCAUUCUUUUCUUUGGCUUUGGAUGUAAAGGCAUAGAAGGGCAUAGAAUCAGUCAUGAGCGAAGGGGGCGGAACUCUGCGAAUACAACUGGCGGGCUCUACCUAUUCCAAGGCAAUAUUAAGUACAUCUGCAGUAGGAAUAUGACAACGAGCGAGCGGGCCCCUUCAAGCUCCGCCAUUGACUCACAAGAAGCAGUCAGAGAAGAGUUCAUCCAGCGUGAUCAUCAAGCGGAAAAGGAGGCUUGCAAAUGGGGAAGACAGGCGUUAGAAGGGAGAACACUGCAUCAGUGCGACGGCUUUCCUAUUUCAAUGAUGAGGCAUAUUUCUGAGCAUGAAUGA